AUGAGUGUGGGAGAAAACUCGAACGAAGCAGCGCCAUUGCUGCCCACCACGUCCGCCAACUCUACACCCGCCAAAGUUGAUGGAGAGCGCACUCCUCAUGCUCUUUUGGGCAUGACGUGCGUCGCGUUGGCGUCACUGUGCUUCAGCUUCAUGUCCACAUUCAUCAAGUACAUGACCUUUACCUUCUCGUCCAUGGAGGCCACAUUCUGGCGCUCACUCGGCGUGCUCGUCCUGUACGUCGAGCCGGAAUUUCGCAAGAUACUCGUCUAUCGCUGUAUUGCUGGCUUCGCUUGCAUGGGCGUCGCCUUUUACGCAAUGUCGCAAAUGGUGCUGGCCGACGCCAGCUCCUUGGUCUUCGUUAGCCCCGUACUCACCUUCUUCAUGGGUGCGCUGUUCCUCAAUGAGAAAAUCGACCCGAUUAGUCUGAUUAGCGCCGUCACCGCAUUUAUCGGCCUCAUCUGUGUUGUACGUCCGGGAUUCCUGUUCGGAUACGACCAUCCCACAGCGUCUACGGAUGGCUCCUGGCUCAAGGGUGUAAACGUGUUCGUGAUUGUGCACUAUUUCGCAUUGGUGAGUGUCAUUUUGACGAUGUUGUGGCUGGCACUAGUUCAGCAGUCCUUCUACAUCCCCGAAACGUUCCUGCUCUGGAGAGCGAUCAUCGGCACCGGCAUCGCUACGUUCGGCGGGCAAAUGUUUCUCACACGAGGCUUCCAAUUGGAAAAAGCAGGCGUUGCAGCGGUCAUGCGCUACUUGGACGUCGUCUUCGUCUUCCUCUGGGACUCGCUGAUUCUAGGCGAGCACAUUAACCACUGGAGCAUUGUCGGUGCGCUGGUGAUUCUCACUUGUGCAGUUAUCAUUGCGGUGCGGAAGAUUCAAUUGACCAUGCACGAGUAA